AUGGCCCGCGGGAAAGCCAAGGAAGAGGGGAGCUGGAAGAAAUUCAUCUGGAACUCGGAGAAAAAGGAGUUUUUGGGCAGGACCGGUGGCAGUUGGUUUAAGAUCCUCCUCUUCUACCUAAUAUUCUAUGGGUGCCUAGCUGGCAUAUUCAUUGGGACCAUCCAAGUGAUGCUGCUCACCAUCAGUGAAUUCCAACCUAAAUAUCAGGAUCGAGUAGCACCACCAGGAUUGACACAGGUCCCUCAGAUCCAAAAGACUGAAAUUUCCUUUCGGACAAGUGAGACCCAGACCUUUAAUGCAUAUGUUGUGAGCCUUAAUCGAUUCCUGGAGAAAUAUACAGAAGCAGCCCAGAAGGAUGAACUAGAAUUUGAGGACUGUGGUGAUGUGCCAAGUGAUUACAAAGAUCGAGGAGAGUUUAACAAUGAACAAGGGAAGAAGAGAGUCUGCAGAUUCAGGCGGGAGUGGUUGGGGAACUGCUCUGGAUUACUGGAUGAAACCUUUGGCUAUUCAAGUGGCAAACCUUGCAUCAUCAUAAAACUCAACCGAGUUCUGGCCUUCAAACCUAAGCCUCCAAAAAAUGAUUCCCUGGACAAGGAUCUGAUGGUACGAUAUAACCCAUAUGUCCUUCCUGUUCAUUGUGCUGGCAAGAGAGACGAUGAUAAGGAGAAAGUUGGAAACAUGGAAUACUUUGGCUUGGGUGGCUUUUCUGGUUUUCCACUGCAAUAUUACCCGUACUAUGGUAAACUCCUGCAGCCCAAGUACCUCCAGCCCCUCCUGGCGGUGCAGUUCACCAACCUUACCACUGACACAGAAAUCCGAGUGGAGUGUAAGGCGUAUGGUGAAAAUAUUGGCUACAGUGAAAAAGACCGUUUUCAGGGACGCUUUGAUGUAAAAUUUGAAAUAAAGACCAGCUGAUCACAAGCACAAUCUUCUCCCCUAGCCAUUGAAAAAAGUUUAAAAAAAUUAUAAAAAACAAAAACCUACUAGUCUUGAACAAACUGUCAUACGUAUGGGACCUACACUUAAUCUAUAUGCUUUACACUAGCUUUCUGCAUUUACUAGGUUAGAAUGUAAAUUUAAAGUGUAGCAAUAGCAACAAAAUAUUUAUUCUACUGUAAAUGACAAAAUAAAAAAACAAAAAUUGA